AUGGCGAACGAUGUUGCCGAUGCCGCCAAGAUUCCAGGGGUGACACCCACUGUCAUCGAGGCCGUCGUAGCCGGUAUGCGUACUGCUUUCCACAAGUCGUUCCAGGUCAUGUUCUACGUGGCGAUCGCCUUUGGCAUAAUCUCUAUAAUCACCGCGAUACUGCUCGAUGGGGCUGCACUGGAGAGCAAGCUGACCACAUCCAUUCACAGAAGAAUGCAGGGAAUUGUGGGUGAGGCUGAGCGAGAGAAAGAAAAAGAAGUGGCCUGA